AUAGUCGCAAUAUGGAAGAGAGAUUCUUUGGUAGAUAAAUUGGUAGAAUGAAUGCAGUGGCUCUGUGGUGCGAAAGGAGGGCCUUUCACGGCAUCUAUAGAACCAUUAUACGUAGUAGAAUCACUCCGCGGCUCCACCAAAUUAUCUCUUCUUCUUUCACCUUCAGCACCCAAAAUCCAGAUGUUUCAUCUGAGUUGGGAAACCAAACCCAAGACCUUCGAGAGGAGGAGCUUAGAAACUGCUUAUCCUGGAAGAUUGAGAAGCUCGCCAGAGGACAAGCCGUCCUCUCUGCCUUUCAGAGCUGGAUGGGCGAUGGAUUUCCCGUUCACAGAGGCGAUAUCUUCCACGCCGUUAAUCGACUGAGGAAACUCAAUAUGAAUAAACGCGCCCUUGAGGUAAUGGAAUGGGUGAUUAGGGAAAGACCCUACAAGUUGAAGGAGCUCGAUUACUCUUAUCUGUUGGAGUUCACGAUUAAGCUUCAUGGGAUAUCGCAAGGUGAGCGUCUCUUCUCCCGUGUACCUCCCGAGUUUCAGAAUGAGUUGCUCUUCAACAAUCUUGUCAUGGCCUGCUUGGAAAAGGCCGCCAUCAGGCUGUCAUUGGCAUACAUGAAGAAGAUGAGGGAACUGGGACACCCCAUCUCUCCCUAUGUCUUCAAUCGCCUCAUAAUCCUCCACUCCUCCCCUGGCCGCAGGAAAGCCAUCCCAAGAAUCCUCACUCAAAUGAAGGCUGACGGCGUUGUCCCUCACGUCUCCACAUAUAACAUUCUCUUGAAAAUUGAAGCCAACCAGCACAACAUUCAAGGGUUGACAAAGGUGUUUGAUGAUAUGAAACGAGCACAAGUCGAGCCUAAUGAAAUAACUUACUGCAUUUUGGCUACAGCCCAUGCCGUGGCAAGGUUAUAUGCCGUGUCUGAGGCCUAUGUUGAAGCAGUGGAGAAGGUGAAAACAGGGGAUAAUUGGUCAACCUUGGAUGUUCUACUUAUGUUAUAUGGCUAUUUGGGGAAGGAGAAGGAACUUGAGUGCACAUGGGGUGUUGUACAACAACUCCCCCAUGUUAGAAACAAGAGUUUUGUGCUUUCCAUUGAAGCAUUUGGAAGAAUCGGACGGCUAAACCGAUCUGAAGAAAUUUGGUUGGAAAUGAAGUCAAGUAAACAGUUGAGGUACACUGAGCAAUACAACUCCAUUAUAUCUAUAUAUUGCAAACAUGGGCUUGUUGAUAAAGCAUCGGAAUUGUUCAAAGAAAUGGAGAUCAGUGUGUGCAAUGCAAAUGCAAUAACCUAUCGACAUCUCGCACUCAGUUGCUUGAAAGCAGGGUUAGUGAAGGAAGCCUUGAAAACUCUUGAAGUAGGGAUGGAUCAAACAACCACUACCAAGGUCAGGAGAUCAGCCCCAUGGUUGGAAACCACACAUUCAAUAGUUGAAAUCUUUGCAGACAUGGGUGAUAUAGAGAAUGUAAAGAAAUUGUUUGGGGAGUUGAAGGAAUCUAGGUAUACCAGAUACACAUUUGUGUAUAAUACCUUGAUAAGGGCCCAUGUCAAGGCUAAGGUUUAUGAUCCAGAUCUUUUGCGAAAGAUGAUUCUAGGAGGGGCUAGGCCAGAUGAUGAGACCUACAGCCUCCUGAAACUUUUGGAGCAGUUUCGCAAUUGAUUUCAGUUCACAAACUCUAUGGAUUUAUAAUGAGGAAGAGAUAUUUUUUCAAAGGCUCGUCUGGUUGCAAAUAAAA